ACAACAACUUUAAUAUUAUCAAAAUAAAUAAAUCAUGAUUCAAUUCAUUUAUCAAAAAAAAUCUCAAUUCAUCUUUCUAUUGUAAGUUUGUAACUUGCGGAAAAACUUCAAAACUUUAUUUAUGACAACCGUUUCAUCUCUUGGCAUGUAUUUAUUUGUGUGCCCACCCCCUAAACUUAAUUCAUCCGAGGUAAGACAUGUCUAUGAACACGACGAAACCUCACCAAAAAACAUUCUCCGACUGCUUCAAUAAGAUAAAGAAACCUCAUUUAUCAUCCUCCACCGCUUGGGUUCUCCGGGGAUGCAGGCGGCGACCAAGGACACAAUCAUUUGCAUUUCCAGAUUCCGGCAGGGGCAGCGAACAAGCGACCAAAGUAGACCAGUUUCUAUUCGAGAAUUUCAGGUCCACUUAUCCAAAUGAUCAAAAGCAUGAAGAAGAUGAUGAAAAGAGAGAGGGAAGCAGACUGAACCCGGAGGAUAGUAUUGCGGUUUUAACAUGUGGUUCGAACCCGUACGAGGAAUUCAAGCGGUCCAUGCGUGAAGUGAUAGAGGAAAGGUUGAAGCAUCAUGGGGAACUAGACUGGGAGUUCAUGGAAGAGCUGUUGCUUUGUUAUUUGAACUUGAAUGAUAAGAAAUCGUACAAGUUUGUUCUGAGCGCCUUUGUCGACUUGAUUGCUGUUUUUGAGGUUUCUUCUGGCACUGUUCCGGCCAUAAUGUCAUCGGAAAUUGGAUCACCAGGUCACUAAUGGGGAUGCAAUUGUGCAAAACACAAAGCUAUUAACUACUGUAGCCAAAUAUAUACGGAGUAAAUGUACAUUUACAUACAGUUUUCAUAAACAGCUGUUUAAAAC